GCCCUCUUGGCGUCGCCCGCUGAGCGGAGGGGACGACUCGGCGCCUGAACGCGUUCACCGUCCGCUGCUCAGCAGCAAAGGGGAAAAAAACCCCGUCGUCGCUGCAAGUUUAGGGGUGUCAGGCUGCUCGUUUGACUCGUUAUGGCUGCCCUCCCUUUUCUAUCGCCUAGGCUGCUGUUGCAGGAGGAGAUAAGGUGUGCUGUUCUUUGGAUUUGGGUGGCUGUUCUUCAUGCGUAAGCUCUUCAAGGAUUAUGAGGUGCGACAGUAUGUGGUCCAGGUGAUCUUCUCUGUGACUUUUGCCUUCUCUUGUACCAUGUUUGAACUCAUCAUCUUUGAGAUUUUGGGGGUGCUGAACAGCAGCUCUCGAUAUUUUCACUGGAAGCUGAACCUGUGUGUCAUUUUGCUCAUCCUAGUCUUCAUGGUACCCUUCUACAUUGGUUACUUUGUUGUGAGCAAUAUCAGAUUAUUGCACAGACAGAAACUGCUUUUUGCAUGUGUUCUGUGGUUGACAUUCAUGUAUUUCUUCUGGAAGUUGGGGGAUCCAUUUCCUAUCCUCAGCCCAAAACAUGGAAUCCUGUCUAUAGAACAGCUCAUCAGCCGCGUGGGUGUGAUUGGGGUGACACUCAUGGCUUUGCUGUCAGGAUUUGGGGCUGUCAACUGUCCGUACACUUACAUGUCCUACUUUCUCAGGAAUGUGACAGAUGCCGAUAUUCUGGCUUUGGAGCGACGACUCCUUCAGACCAUGGACAUGAUUGUUAGCAAGAAAAAAAGGAUAGCAGUGGCUCACAGGACAAUGUUCCAGAGAGGAGAAGUGCACAACAAACCCACUGGAUUCUGGGGAAUGAUAAAAAGUGUUACAACAUCUGUUGCAGGCAGUGAAAAUCUGUCCCUUAUCCAGCAAGAAGUGGAUGCCCUAGAAGAGUUGAGUCGGCAGCUUUUUCUGGAAACUGCUGACCUGCAUGCAACAAAGGAAAGAAUAGAGUACUCCAAAACUUUCCAGGGAAAAUACUUUAAUUUUUUGGGUUAUUUUUUCUCCAUCUAUUGUGUCUGGAAAAUCUUCAUGGCAACCAUCAAUAUUGUAUUUGAUCGUGUGGGGAAGACUGAUCCAGUCACAAGAGGAAUUGAGAUCACUGUAAACUACCUGGGAAUUCAGUUUGAUGUGAAAUUCUGGUCUCAGCACAUUUCCUUUAUUCUUGUUGGAAUAAUCAUUGUUACCUCUAUCAGAGGAUUGUUAAUAACACUUACAAAGUUCUUCUAUGCCAUUUCCAGCAGCAAGUCCUCCAAUGUUAUUGUUCUGCUUUUAGCACAGAUCAUGGGCAUGUACUUUGUGUCAUCAGUGCUCCUGAUCCGGAUGAGUAUGCCUCUAGAGUAUCGCACUAUUAUUACAGAAGUCCUGGGAGAGCUCCAGUUCAACUUUUAUCAUCGUUGGUUUGAUGUGAUAUUCCUAGUUAGCGCACUGUCCAGUAUUCUCUUUCUCUAUUUAGCACAUAAACAAGCCCCAGAAAAGCAUAUGGCCCUCUAAGUAAGGACUGCAGUCACGCACUGCUCUCUGUCCUUUCUGCUGGACUGCUGCAACUCCUGUGGACUGCAAAACUUGAAGAGAGCUGGUACUGUUCUGUGUGUUCAGCAGCGUAACCGGCUCUUUGAACUUCCGCACGUCAAGCUCUGUGGCUCAUUCCGUUAAGGUGCCAAAGCUUGAAGGAAGGGGGAUGCAUGUAUUGAAUGUGACAUAGUUCAUUGCCAAGGAAUAAGGGCACUCCUUGGUACACCAAUAUCUAGGAGGAUCGGAACUUGCAUAAUAGGCUGUCUUGGGUAAGACCUCUGACUUCUAGAAGAACAUCUUCAUAGAAGGCACCAAGGAAAUGUGGUUUAUUUUUUUUUUUUCCUUUUGAAAAUCAACUCAAUUGGGAUUCAGAGGACAGCAAUUCUGGAGUUGAAUAUUUGAGUCUGUGGAAUUAAAUAAGCUUUUGUAAUAUCUCAUGUAAGCAUCACAGUUGUUUUUUGUCAGCCCCAAAGAUUUGGCUGGAAGUGAGCUAGAAAGUGUCUAGGGCUUGCUGCCUGGCGGAAGUGAAAUGGAGAGAAUUUCCCUCCGUUUAUGUAUAGAGUAUACACUAGUGUGUAUCACUAAUACCUACUGUCCCAAGUCUCAACUUUUGUUUUCUAUCCCUGCAUAAAUGGAACUGAGGUUUUGGAUUCCUGUUUGCUAGAUUUCGGUGUGAAGUCAAAGACCACAGCUAUGCCUUGUUUACCUUAUAUGUUACAAAUUUGUUUACCUUAUAUGCUGUAAAUUUGGUCUUCCCCACAACCUGUGUAUUCCUCUGCAGUAGCCCAUUUCCCCUUCUUGAUGUAAUUCAAGGCAUAAAACUAAAUUUUAUUCAUGUGACUUAAACUUGUAGCUUCCCAUAGCCGCUCUCCCAGGCUUUAUUUGGUUUAAAAUUGUUCUGAAACAUAUAUCAUAGGUGUUAAGAGUAAGACCUGGGGAAAAAAAAAAUGGCUACUCUAAACAAUUUAUUUCUGUGUUGUCUUAGGUGUACAGCAAGGAGGCAAAGUAUACAGCAGCAGUAUUACAGAGUCAUUUAUACCCCAUUCAAGACACUGUGGAGUUGACUUGGAGCUAGAAAACCCGCAUGACUGAAUUAUGUACACUAAUCUAACUACUAGGAUCCACAACUGCAGGCAGCAGAGAGAGAAUAGUGCUUGAACAUCUGGAGUUGUGAAUUUUGAAGUUAGCUUAAUGUUUGAAAGAAAUUUCUGCAAUGCUAGCAGGAGAAAGGAGCGCAAUGGACAGAGCAGACUGGCACAUGCCAUUUCACAGCAGUUGUACUGCUGUAAGUAUAGCAUAGAAGAGUUGCCACCGAGAUGGAGUUGAUGGACUUGGAUUAGGGGGAGAACUGCCUCUUGGGACGUGGGGAGAAAUCAGUUGCUCUUUAUUAAGAGCUUAUCCUUAAAAGGCUAUGAUGCUUAUGAAUUUAUUUAAUCCUUUAUACAAGUAAGUGACUAACUGUCCGCUUUACAUGGCAGAAAGCCAAUGAAGUACAAUUGCAAUGUGUUAAAUGAAUGCAGGUUACACUGAAGUGUUUAUUUCGGGCAGCUACAUUUCAGCAAGAGAUUGCAGUCCUUUACAGGUACGGCACUACUAGGCAUAGUUAUGUUCUGAGAGGUGUAGUAGCAAAGAAUGAUUGAAGAAAGUGGAUUUGGAAGGUUUCUUUUUUGUUCUUGGCAUAGUUCUCCUCACAACUUUGUGUCAUCGUCGUUGUCGCUGUCUGGUUUUGUAGAGGCAGCUGAUUGUGAAGAGGAGGAUGAGCUUGUCUGCAGAGGAGUAACAAAUACAUUCCGGUUAUUUUUAGUUUGUAAACAUGCUUGAUAGUCUGCAGUGUUAAUGAAGGACUCCUAUUUUCAUCUGCACUAAUCGUGUACUGGUUUGGAUGGUGGAAUGAGCCAACAAAUGCGAUUUUUGUUGUUGAAGUGCUUUUUGGUUAAGUACAUUUAGAGAGAAAUUUGUUCAAUAGAGGUUUCCUAUUGUUUAAUUCCCAUACCUGCUGAAUUUGCACAUAAAAGUGGUGCUAACUUCAGAUCUGAAAAAUGCAGCUUGGUGACUGAGAAACUUCUGAAAAAGCUCACAGCCGGACAUUUGCAGACAAGGCUAAUGAAAAAUGAAUGGGAGACGGUAUUGGUCUUACUCUUCCUUGUCUGUCUUUUGCAUGAUCAGAAAAGCAGCAUUUAAAUAUUUAAGGCUGACCACACAGAGGGUUCACAAUGACUGUUUCAAGAAGAAAUUUCUGCUUUUCUGACUUCUGUCAUGCUUCAGACUCUUUCUAAUGGCAUAAAGUCAGUCAUUUCAAAUCAGCAGAUUUCCUAGAAAAUGUCAUCAUAACCUAUUGGUUGCUCUACUUUCUACAAAAUGAUCUGUUUUGAAAUAUUUCGACUGGUUCUCCCAAAAGCGGUUUAUGCUUUUUGGUGUAUUUAAGCACUUUUUCCCUGCACUUUCAGGAUUGUAUUGCCUGUUUCCAAUCUUCAUUAAGGAUUACCGUAUUUGGAUUAUCUUGUUCCAUAAAAUCUCUUGUAUGUGCAUCCUUUCUGUGAUUUAACCUUGCAUUAAAGAUACUCACCUGUAUUAUGUGUGGGGAAA